AUGCCUAGUCCAGGGCAAGCCGAAUCUGGCUCGAGUUCACUUGUGAACCAUGUGUGUCUGGUAACUGGGGCAAGUCGCGGUAUUGGACGAGGAGUAGCAGUGUCUUUGGGAAGAUGUGGAGCCGUGGUCUACAUCACUGGUCGUACACUUGGGGAAGUCGACGAUACACCAGACAAGAGUACUCUGCUAGCCACGGCGAAAGCAAUCACUGAAGCCGGUGGAGUAAGUUCGCAAUGA